AUGACCAGUCGGCAGCUCGACCACGUGAGUGCGCUCGACGGACAUUGCGACCGCGCUUGGCACGUGGCGUGGCGCUGCGAUGGCAAGUUGCUGGCAUCGUGCAGUGGCGAUCGGACCGUGCGUCUCUGGGCCGUUGAGAGCACGACUGGUGGCUGGACGUGCGCGGGCAUCCUCGAAGACGCUCAAGGACGGACGAUUCGAGCCUGCGAGUGGUCGCCUGAUGGACGUUACUUGGCGUCUGUGAGCUUUGAUGCCACGACUGUGAUCUGGGAGAAACGUGGGAGUUCGUACGAGGUCGUGGCGAGUCUGGAAGGCCAUGAGAGCGAGGUCAAGAGCGUGGCCUGGAGUCCCUCGGGCAGUUACAUUGCUACGUGUAGUCGUGACAAGAGUGUCUGGAUCUGGGAAGCCGAUGCAGACACGGACUUUGAGUGUCUCUCGGUGCUCCAUGGACACACGCAGGACGUCAAGUUUGUAGCAUGGCACCCGACUGAAGACCUCCUUGUGUCGACUAGCUAUGAUGACACGAUUCGUGUGUGGGCUGAGAAUGAAGACGAUUGGUACUGUAAAGAGACGCUGAAUGGCCACAAGGCAACGGUGUGGGGAGUGGCGUUCAACUCGGACGGCACCGAAAUGGCGUCGGUUUCUGACGACAACGACGUGAUCAUUUGGCACUACGAUCCAAACAGCAAAGAGGUGAAUGAAGACGGAAGCUCGAAGCAAUGGAAACCGAUGUCCACGCUCUCUGGCUACCACGAACGUACCAUCUUUAGCGUGGACUGGACGAAACAAGGCGAUUAUCUCGUCACGGGUGCUGGUGACAAUGCCAUUCGAGUGUUUCAACGAAACCAUUUGUCCAGCUCGUUCGAUCUCGUCAUUGAGCAGAAGCAGGCGCAUGCAAGCGACAUCAAUUGCGUGCGAUGGAGUUCGCAGCAAUGGCAGCAAGACGAUCAUGGCAAAAAGUCGCUCUUGCUCGCGUCUGGCGGUGACGACGCGCUUGUGCACAUUUGGAAGUUUAGUCUGCCUUAA